GGCAGAAGGUGUGCUGGCACGGUAGCACCUUAGCCGUGGUGUCCAGGCGCUCCAGGCACACCGAACACUCCAGCAGAUCCAGCAGUGACGAGGACUCGUCCAUGUCGGCGGAGAGGUCAGGAAGCCCUGGACAGACAUCAAUGAGGCUCCAAAAGAGGAGCGAGGAUGACAGAAAAAGAGAGAGAAAGAGAGAAGAGGAUGGAGAAGGAAGAAGACGAUGAAAAGAGGGCAAAGAAAGUGGGGGAAAAAACAGAAAGUGACCAAAUAAAAGAAAAACAAAAAAGACAUGAAAGACGAAGGCAGAGACGGAUAGACGGACACCGAGAUGAAGAGUAAGUAAUUACAGGCCUCCCAGUGUUUUCAAAGCCCCUCUUUUAUCUCAUUCUUCCUGUGGCUGAGAAAAGGAGAAGGAGCGGAAAGGAAGAGGAGGAGGAGGAGGAGGAGGAGGAGGAGGAGAAGAAGACUAAAGUCGAAGCUUUAUUCCAACUCAGACAUCAGGCACCAGUUAGCUACAUCACAGACACACUCAACCUAUGUCUUGUGUGUGCGUGUGUGUAUGUGUGUGUGUUUGUGGCGGUGGGGUAUUUGCAGGGUGUUUAUAUUAAGAAGUUUAAUUGUAUAUUUUCAGUCUUAAUGUGCAACUUUUGUUUAUCCAUCUACAGUAGCAAUACUGUGGUUAUCAUUUAUUGUUUAAUGUGUCGUUUGAUGUUCUGUUGUUAUUCCUUCACUGUUUAGCCUUCUUGUUUCAGCUGCUCUCUUUAGGGUUCACCACAGCGGAUCAUCUACCUCCAUCUCACCCUAUCCUGAGCAUCCUCUUCUGUCACACCAAUCCCCUCCGUAUCCUCCAUUACUACAUCCAUGAACCUUCUCUGAGGCCUUCCUCUUUUUCUUCUGCCUCGGCAGCUCCAUCUUCUACGUCUUUCAACGUCCAGUCUAUCCACGAUCCUUCCUCAGCACAUCUUCAAACCAUCUCAGCCUUCCCUCUUUGUCUCCAAAUCUGAUUUCUCGCUCAGAUGUAGUCAUUUAUAAUCGUGUCCAUCUUGGUGACUUUGAAUGAAAAUAUUAGCAUGUUCAACUUUGCCACUUCAAAAUAAAAACAUGAAUAAACAACUUGCAUGAUCUCACACCAUGCCAAGUGAAGUGGAAUGAAGUAGCUGAGGUCACAGAGGUGGAUGUGGUAGUUGUGGUGACACUUUUAUGAAUUAUUAAAUGUACACAAAGUGACCUUUAGUGACCUUAUUCUGUUACUAAUUAGACUUUCAGUGCAAACUAUAACUGAGCUUCUUGUUUCCCUCAUGACGACCAUAGACUUGUUUAAGACUAUAGUCAUGCCACUGUGGUCUUAUGAACGCUAGAUGGCAGAGUCGAGUUGUAGCCUGUAGCACAUUAAUUGCCCCGACUGAAAAACAUAGUCUACCUGGGCCACGUUAAUCCGUUUCUUAUCCAGGGCGGGGAGAAAACUUCUCACUUUUUUCUUAUCAAGGAGGAGCCUGGAGACGCACCGACAAGCAGCGGCGCAGAGGCUGGGGCACAAUUUGACUUUGCGGAGUAAAAACUCUUAGACAACUCUUAGAGUCAGUCCCUCGGCGAUGCUCACCCGGCUCCACGCUCGAGAUUGAUCACCAAUUACCGGGACUGAUCAUCGGGCAGCUUAGCCGGUAGCGCAGGGGAAAAACCAAACCAGUGCGCCCCGCUCCUGAGCUCCAGCUCUCCCAGGAAGAACACACAAAAAUGUCAGAAAGGAGGGAGAAGAAGUCGAUCUUUCUGUCCUCGUUAUUAGUGUGUUGUGUGUUUGCUAGUGCAGAAUAUAACAUCUGUGGACAGAAUGAGUUCUUCAACCAGACCAGUAACAGCUGCCAGGCCUGCCCUCAGUGCCAGCCAGGACAUGAGCCAUAUAUGACCUGCGGUCAUGGUGUGAAGGAUGAAGGCUUUACCUGCGUGCUGUGCCCAAAGGGAAAAUACUCCGGAGGGAAAUAUGAGAUCUGCAAACGUCACACAGACUGUCAUGCGCUUUACAGUGCCACUGUUCACAUACCAGGAACUCCCGAACGCGACGCAGAGUGUGGACCCUGUUUACCUGGGUAUUACAGGUUGGGGAACAGGUCAGAAAAGCCCUAUUGGAUGGUUUGCCAUUCCUGCCAAAACGCACCACGCAACACCAAAGAAUGCAUGCAAACCAACAAACCGAAAGAAAAAACAAUAUUUCACAGUGGUAGCACAACUGUGUUCCCUUCUGUAAUUAAAGAUUCCCACGGACAGGGUCACCUGGCAACAGCUCUCAUUAUCGCCAUGUCGACCAUUUUCAUCAUGGCCAUCGCCAUUGUUCUCAUCAUCAUGUUUUACAUCCUGAAGGCCAAACCGAAUGGCCAGGCGUGCUGCUCCGGACAGGUUGUGAAAGCAGUGGAGGCUCAGACCAACAAACAGGAAGACAAGAAAGACGUCCCUGACAAUGUGGUGAUAUUCUCAGAGAAAGACGAGUUCGACAAACUGAAAGCUCCUCCUCAGAAGACUGUGAAAAGUGAAAAUGAUGCAUCUUCAGAAAAUGAGCAGCUGUUGAGCCGCAGCAUCGACAGCGACGAGGAGGCGGGAACAGAAAAGCAGGGCUCGGCAGAGACCACUAACCUCGACCCUAACCUGUGCCUGGUCAACCUAGGCAACAAACCCGACCUCUGCCUGCUCUCCCUGGGGCUCUUGGACCGUGGCCGCGUAUGCAAUGGCACCCCAGGCAUUGCAGCCAGUCAGACUAACAUCCCGAGUCCCAACCACAUGAACAAUGUCAACCGCAUCGCAAGCAGCAACCACAUCAGCAGUGUGAAUGGGAUCAACAACAACAAUAAAACCCCAGGGAUGCUACAGAGUCGGAGGAAAAAGAUUCUAGAUCUGUAUGCCAGAGCCUGCAAUGCGACCGAGGGCCUCAGCCCCACAGAGCUUCCCUUUGACUGCCUGGAGAAGGCCAGCCGCAUGCUGAGCUCCUCCUACAGCAGCGACGCCGCCGUGGUGAAGACUUGGAGGCACCUGGCUGAGAGUUUUGGACUGAAGCGCGACGAGAUCGGCGGCAUGAGCGACGGCCUGCAGCUCUUCGAGAGAGUUAGUACGGCGGGCUACAGCAUCCCCGACCUACUUACUCGCCUGGUGCAGAUCGAAAGGCUGGAUGCCGUGGAGUCGCUCUGUGCAGAUGUGCUGGGCAGUAGCGAGGGGGCAGCAGUGGCUGGACGGCAGGGAAUUGGCAGUUUUCACAGCCAGUUAGUGUGUCCUUCUCCCUGCCCAUCUCCAUCCCAUCGCUGCGCCAGUGUUUAAAUAAGAAGUGAAGCAGAAACAUAAGAGACUUAGAGACUUGAUUGCCUUACAGUACACAUGUAUGUACGGACAUUUACUGCUCUGACAAGGAGGAAAGCACAUUUAAAUACACACGUUACCCCAUUAGAUGAAGAAUGUCGAUGGACUUUAGUGUCCAUAGUCCUUUUUUUCUUUUAUGUAUAAAAGCUAAUAGUUUGAAAAACACUUUCUCUCUUUCAAAGUGUUUGAAAGAGAGAGCAAAAUCAAAGGCCUCAGAUUCACAUUAACCUCAAGUUUGCCAUUUCAAAUAAUUUCUCUUUUGCAAGAAUAUAAGAAUCAGAAUUAGCUCCCAUUUUGAUAGAUUCUUGACUUUCAUAAAUGCAACACUUUAGUAAAAAAUCAUGUGGAAAGCCUGUGCGCUGGAUGCACAGUUCUUUUUUUUCCUAAAAUUUUUUUUUAAGAAAUCACCAGGAAAAGAUGAAAUGGCAUGCUAAUGGAAAGUCACUGGAAAGUGGCAGACUGAGGAUGCCUUCCUACUGGCUCACUCACUUAAGUUUCUCACCAAAGCCUUGCCGCAGUGACAUAACCAGACGUUUGUAUCCAUAUACAGAAAGCGAUCUGGUGUGACCGCAGCAUGAGCGAACAUUCAUAACUCAGUCAUGUCUUAAAACAGGAAAAACGGCUGAUUAGAGCAGUCAUUGUGUCUGAGUGGAAAACAUCCUUCAGCUCAGCUCGGCUUACAUUUGGUAAACCUGCUUGCGAACUCUGGCCGUUUGUGGACGCCCUGGCGUCUCUCCCUAAACCGUGGAGUCACCAGCAAACACACAACAGUGUGCUAGAGUGGAUUGUGAUAUUUUUAUUCUGGAGGAUCAGUUUUGGGUUGACUUUGCACUCUUGUUUACUUUAAAACACCGACCGGAUUUAUUCAUUGAUUAACAUAUGUGUGGUAAAUGUGGAAACACUGAUCACAAGCAGAUGUUGUGUAUGGAAAAGUUCAACCAAGCACCUCACAAAAAAAAAAAGAAAACCCCAAAAACACAUGGACUCGUUUUAGGUGGUGUGUUCAGUGUUUCAGCUUUAAUCCCAUACACUGAAUGAACACUACUCCGCUGCCUGUACUCCAUCUAAGCACGUGCGUCCGCAGUCCACCGCCUACAAGUUUAACACACAUCUCUCACAUACUCUCUUACUUCACGUACUUCCUUAGCAAUGACCCAUUCUCUGACCCCCCUCCACCUCAAUAAUUCGCCCUCUUCCAUCUUAUACCCCAAUACUGUGGUCUAGUGCUGCCGCCAGCCCUAAUUAUUUGGCGUGUGGCUCCCCAUGCCCCUAAUAGGCUGAAGUGUUGCGGUUUACAGAGCGGGUGUAAAGUGCCUGUGAUUUCCAGCACCUAAUUAAGCAUUUAGGGCCACUUAACCACUGAAAGCCCAGUGGAAAAGCUAUAAAAUCACUGCAUUAAAAAGAGCAGUGCCAGGCCAGAGGAAUGACUAAAUGCCUCCGGGGUUGCUGCGCUGUCAACGGUGAGACGGUGCAGUCGGUUGCGGUGGAGGUAGCACUACAGUUGUGUCCUAUAACGUCUGGUCUUAUUCAGCUCUUGUGGUUAGCUCAGUCAUGCUCACACACAGGAUUAUAGCUCGCCUCUCCCCGAUGGGACCAAUAUAGCAAACAAGAUCAGCAUGCAGUUGUGUGAGUUCUGGAAAGCAGCUGAAGCCACUUAGGUGCUGUACGUACAGUAAAUAAACUGUGGGUCUGUUAAGCAUCUGAUUGAACCUUUUUAAAGACCUGCAUUUUAAUGAUCCCCUGAAGUCCAUUAUAAGUGAUGUUAACAGUUAACAUGCUGUAGGUUGACUCUGCUGCUUCCUGCAGAAUUUAAGCUUCCAAACUUAACCACGCAGUGCCGAAACUGGCUUUGAUCUCAUUUCUCGGGAAUGGAGCGGAUCUUUAUCUGAAUAAAUAAACUUGCCUUGAUACCUGAUUUUGUCUGGGUAAUCUGCCAUGACUGAUAAGCACAGACUUUUUUCUUUCCUAAAGCUCGUUGUUCCCAUUUUACAUGCCAACCUGGAGCUGGACUCCAUUAUUUUAAAUUUAUUUACAUUUAUGCUUAUCAAGUAUGACUCCAGAAUCUGCUUGUUCUUGAUUUAAAGCUUACAAUUAAAUGUACUGCUUUAUUAGAGCUUGACUGUCAUCAUCAAAUCCACUUCAGUUCACAAAUAUUCUUUUUGAAUUGUAAUAUGCUGUUGAUAGAUUUUUAAAAAGAAAAAAAAAAUUGUGAAUCAGUGGACUGAAGUGCAGCCUGUUUUAAGACAAAUUUUGUAUGACAUGUAAUAUGCUGACAUAAUAACAAGCAGAAGCCAAACAUGAAUUACUUACCUCAGUAGCACAUGCAGUAUAGUAGAGCAUGUAAAAACACACAAACUCUUUUACAGAACCAAAGUGUCGCUGUAUAUAUAACUUAUUAUUGUACAUAAACUAUAUCUUAAUAAAGAUGUAUGGCUGAAAUGGCAUGGUA